CGCUGUGCGCAUGCGCGAGUUUGACAGUUAACUAGCGAAGCUGCCUUCAUGACUUCACUCCAGCCAGCUCCAACCUAGCGUUUUCUGCUUACAUUUUCGUUUUUAACCACCGUAACCACAUCGGUCCUCUAGCCUUUUCAUAUAGCCUUUGUAUUUUCGAUAGAUUGCCUUUGAGACCAGCAAGUAUGUCGUUUGUACGUAAAACUAUGUACAUUUGUGAGACUAGUUAGCUUGCAGGCUAGCUAAAGUUGAUAGCAUUGUGUAGUUCAAAUCAGAUUUUCUCAAACUGGCAUCGGCUUUUGGACACCGUCAGCCAUGGGGAUACUGUUUACGAAGCUGUGGAGGCUUUUUAAUCAUCAAGAACACAAAGUCAUUAUUGUGGGACUGGACAAUGCCGGCAAGACCACUAUCCUGUAUCAGUUUUCUAUGAAUGAGGUGGUGCACACGUCCCCGACCAUUGGCAGUAACGUGGAGGAGAUUGUGGUGAACAACACACAUUUCCUCAUGUGGGACAUUGGGGGGCAGGAGUCACUCCGGUCAUCCUGGAACACCUACUACACCAACACAGAGUUUGUAAUAGUGGUGGUAGACAGCACAGACAGAGAGCGCAUCUCAGUAACCAAAGAGGAGCUCUACAGAAUGCUUGCACAUGAAGACCUGAGGAAGGCAGGUUUGCUAAUCUUUGCAAACAAACAGGACGUUAAAGGCUGUAUGUCUGUGGCAGAAAUCUCACAGAGUCUGCAGCUCACAUCUGUCAAAGACCAUCAAUGGCACAUCCAGGCUUGCUGCGCCCUCACUGGAGAGGGGUUGUGCCAGGGUCUCGAGUGGAUGAUGUCCCGACUCCGUGUGAGAUGAUGAACUUUCACCUCUCAUCUUUGUCCUUUCGGGAGUGCGCCCUCUACUGGUUUUACCUCAGAACUGAGCUCGGAAUCGAAGACGAAGAUGAACACAGCGGUGGUGGCCAUGACAUCUCCUCUCUCCUCUUUCCCUGUGAAUCUGAGAUGGGCCUACACUAAUUUAUUUUAUGUUAUAAGACGGUCUGAACUGAACAAAUGACCAUAUAUGGAAGAGGACAUUGACCCUUCAAAAUAAGACUUGAAUUAUUUAAAUUUAAGCACGGUUUUCAGGUCAAAAUAAUGGCUUGGGACUAUAUUAAUGGACUUGUUCCUAAGCUGUGAGCGAGUCUAGCCCAUUUUGGUGGCCUUGCAGUCAGUAUUGUACCGGACUUUUUGGUGUGGUUUUUAUCACCCCAUUCCUUAUAUGUACAGUCCAGUAUUUUAUUUUAACAUGGUGCCUGCAAGAAACAAUGGUCAGAGAGGGAUUGAAAAUCAAAAAUUGAAAUCAUAGCAUAUUUUUUUGUUUUUCAAUCCCUAACAGUAAUCAGUGAAUAAAGUGUUUUUAUCUGUG